AUGAACAUCGUCGAAUGGGCCUUCGGCAAGCGCAUGACGCCCGCCGAACGCCUCCGCAAACACCAACGGGCCCUCGACCGCACCCAACGAGAACUCGACCGCGAGCGCGUGAAGCUCGAGAACCAGGAGAAGAAACUCGUCCAGGACAUCAAGAAGAGCGCCAAGAAUGGGCAGAUCGGGGCCUGUAAGAUCCAGGCCAAGGACUUGGUGCGCACGCGGAGGUACAUCCAGAAAUUCUACCAAAUGCGCACGCAGUUGCAGGCGAUUUCGUUGCGGAUUCAGACGGUACGGAGUAACGAACAGAUGAUGCAGUCGAUGAAGGGGGCGACGAUGCUGCUGGGCAGCAUGAACCGGCAAAUGAACCUGCCGGCGCUGCAGCGGAUCGCGAUGGAGUUCGAGCGCGAGAACGAUAUCAUGGACCAACGGCAGGAGAUGAUGGACGAUGCGAUCGACGAGGCGACGGGCAUGGAGGGCGAGGAGGAGGAUAGCGAGGAUAUCGUCAAGGAGGUGCUGGAUGAGAUUGGCGUGGACCUGAGCCAGGCGCUGGGUGAGACGCCGACGGAUAUACAGAAGACGGCCGUGGGCGAGACAAGAGUCGCGCAGCCGAUCGGGGCCGCCGGAAACGCAAGUGAUGAUGAUUUACAGGCAAGACUGGAUAGUCUUCGUCGCUGA